AUGCCAAACCAUUAUGCCUCUCUUAAUCAGAAUUCAAAUUCAAAUGGAACACCAAAAGUUUUUCACUCUUCCUUCAAUCCUUCCCCAACAGAGAUUGGGACGUUGGCGUCGAUGUUGUGGAGAUAUCAAAAAGCAAUAGCAGGAUUCAACUCUACAUUGCGGCUUGGAAAUGUUGGAAAACGAAGGGAUGUUGGUUUAAACCAUAUUGCCCUAUUUGAAGGGAAAGUAGCGGGUGGUAUUGGAGAGCAAGUGGGUGUAGAGUGUGAUUAUAGGCACAAUGAGAUUGUGAGGCUUAACCCGAGGGAUUGCUGGUACUGGUUAUCGGUGAAUUGUCUUAAUCCGACUUGUGCUUUUCGACAUCCUGUUAAUGUUUACCGAUGA